GCAAUCCUGAAAAAAAAUCGAAAAGACGCCAAACUUCAAGUAAGGAAGACGACAGUCGCGGCCAUUUUCUUUCAAUUCUUGAAAUCGUCGGUUCGAGAGCAGAAAAAUGACUAACUCCAAGGGGUACAGGAGAGGAACCAGGGACUUGUUUUCCCGAAAAUUCGGGAAACGUGGAGUGAUCCCUCUUUCCACGUACAUGAAGGUGUACAAAAUUGGGGACAUCGUGGACAUCAAAGGAAAUGGGGCUGUGCAGAAGGGUAUGCCCUACAAGGCUUACCAUGGCAAGACCGGCCGUGUUUUCAACGUUACUGCUCACGCUUUGGGAGUCAUCGUAAACAAGAGGGUGCGAGGCAAAAUCCUACCAAAAAGAAUAAAUGUGCGCGUAGAGCACGUCCAGCACUCCAAAUGUCGCGAGGAUUUCUUGCAGAGGGUGCAAAAUUGCAAAAAGCUUCGACAAGAAGCCAAAGCAACUGGCGUCGCUGUUAACUUGAAGCGCCAACCGGCACAACCCAAGUUGGCUCAUGUUGUGAGUGGAACCAACGGCGCGAUUCAAUUGGCUCCUAUUCCUUAUGAAUUCAUAGCCUAAGUUCAAUAAAAAAUGAUAUUUAAA